AUGGGAUUGUUUGACAAGCUAGCAGGAUGGCUUGGGCUGAAGAAAAAGGAGGUUCAUGUUUUGUGCCUUGGCUUGGACAACAGCGGCAAAACAACAAUCAUAAAUAAACUUAAACCUUCAAAUGCUCAAACUCAGGACAUCGUUCCAACAAUAGGAUUCAGUAUAGAGAAAUUCAAGACAUCGAGUUUGUCUUUCACAGUGUUUGAUAUGUCAGGUCAAGGGAGAUACAGAAACCUCUGGGAACAUUAUUACAAAGAAGGCCAAGCCAUUAUUUUUGUCAUUGAUAGCAGUGACAAAUUAAGAAUGGUUGUGGCCAAAGAAGAACUUGACACCCUUCUGAAUCAUCCAGAUAUUAAGCACCGUCGACUACCUAUUCUCUUCUUUGCUAACAAGAUGGACCUCAGGGAUGCAAUAUCAUCUGUGAAAGUAUCUCAGUUACUGUCGUUAGAAAACAUCAAAGACAAGCCCUGGCAUAUCUGUGCUAGUGAUGCUCUUAAAGGAGAAGGAUUACAAGAAGGUGUGGAUUGGCUCCAAGAUCAAAUUACACAAUCAGAUCCAAGCAACGAAGACAUGAGAGAUAAAUAAAAGAUGUACGGUGUUCUUCUACAAACAU